CCUGUUCUGGCUCCUGCAGACUCUAACAUAUAAAAGCUGUUAGCAGCUCCUGUGGCCAGAAGCUUCAAAACCAGCAGAGUUUUGUUCUUUGGGGGUUUGUAAUAAGAGACAGUCCUUCACAAAGGUUCAUAUCAUCAUAUAGGAGAGUGCUAUAUAUACUGGGAGAACAAUAGACUGUAUUCUUUUUUUUUUUUUCUUUAUAUUAUUCCAGAGAUUUGUUUUCUACUGCCCUGACUUAAAGCAGAGUACCUCUGUGGCCUAUCUUUCUCCUUUGGCCCCAAAAUGACAGUAAUCGCUGCGAUCAGUUGUACUUUCUUAUUUUCCAUUCUCUGUGAAACAAGUGCAUUAGUGUUACCCAACUCCACUGACCUACUCCUGUCAGAAAAUAAUUUCACUGACAUUGAGACAGCUUUGGCAGCUCAUCUGGACUCUGCAAAAAUUCCCAAAGCCAGGCGGAAGCGCUACAUUUCACAGAAUGACAUGAUUGCCAUUCUUGAUUAUCAUAAUCAAGUGAGAGGCAAAGUCUUCCCACCUGCUUCCAACAUGGAAUAUAUGGUUUGGGAUGAAACUCUUGCUAAAUCUGCAGAGGCUUGGGCUGCUACAUGUAUCUGGGACCAUGGACCUUCCUACUUACUGAGAUUCCUGGGCCAGAACCUGUCUGUAAGAACUGGAAGGUAUCGAUCUAUUCUCCAGCUGGUAAAGCCAUGGUAUGAUGAAGUGAAGGAUUAUGCUUUCCCUUAUCCUCAGGAUUGCAACCCCAGGUGCCCCAUGCGAUGUUAUGGACCCAUGUGCACCCAUUACACACAGAUGGUUUGGGCCACUUCCAAUCGUAUAGGCUGCGCAAUCCACACAUGCCACAAUAUGAACGUCUGGGGAUCUGUUUGGCGACGAGCUGUUUACUUGGUAUGCAACUAUGCCCCAAAGGGGAACUGGAUUGGAGAAGCACCAUAUAAAGUAGGAGUACCCUGUUCAGCUUGUCCUCCAAGCUACGGAGGUUCUUGUACCGACAAUCUUUGUUUCCCAGGAGUAACAUCAAACUACUUAUACUGGUUCAAAUAAGUUAAGGUUUACAUUAUUUUGAAAAAAAAUGUGGAUGAGUAACAAGAAGCUUGUAUAUUGAAUUUUGCACAUAUUAUAUAUAGAGAGAUAUUGUAAUAAUACUCUGAUGUUUUUGUAUGCUUCUGUAUAAUUAGCUUUCAAACUGUAGUGUAAUUUGGUUUUAAUUCUUUGGGAUUUAAGACUCAUUAACCCAUUUAGAUUAACUUUUUGUUAAAGGAGAGCUAACAAAUUUUCACCUUAGCAAGUGUAGCUUCAUGAGAUUAGGUUCUAUUAAAAGCACAUUAAAAGAUAGAAUAUGACUUCCUUUUAAAAAUCAUAGGUCCAGAAAGAGAAGGGUCAUUGUUUAAUACUGUGCUUUGAAUAUGAAGUGUGACGUGCAAAGCAACAAAUUGUCCUCACACUCCCAGUGGUUCCUUCCAUUUACACCUGUGCUUUCACCUGCAAAGUGAAUGAGACUCUGAGUAGAGGAAAACAUAUGUGCAAGAGAAACUGCAGGAUAUUACCUACCUCAUGCACAACAUCAAAUCAUUUAUGUUGUUUCAAGAGUUCAGCACACGGCUGCUGCUAUCAUCAAUGAUGCCUGUGUGCAGACAGGAAAAUUAGAAUGAGGAACCACACUAGACAAGAUGCAGUGGCUGUUAACUCACAUAACUAAAGUCUUAACUAGAUAGAAAGCUACAUCACUUUCGAUGUACUGGUAUAAUAGCACAGCCUAACUCUACCUUCCUGUGUUUCUAAACACAGUCAUAAUGGCAUGUAAUUAUAGAAUGUUUUGGGUUGGAAGGGACCUUAAAGAUCAUCUAGUUCCA